AAAAAAACUAAUUGAAAUUCUUCAAUCGGGCGGGUUCAGAAAGACUUCAGAAACUACCCCGAUCGGAGGAAAUCCCCGGCGGGCGACGCAAAAGUCUUGAGAGCUGGGGUGAUGGAGGACUCGCAUUUCAGCUCUUCAUACUUCUGGUCUCCUGUGCAGGGGCAGAUCGAGAAUGCUGUAUUUCUCAAUAAAGUAAAGGAGCAGCUUGGUCAUGACAAAAGCCCCACCUACUCACAUGGCCCUGCCCACUAUCCCCCUACAGCAGUGGUGGCUGUCGCUGGGGGUCCCAUGGAAGCACCGACAUCAAGAACACUAAAACAAGAGCAUGUGCAACCGUCCCAUUCCUCACACAGUAUAACAGUGGUGCCGGUACCACCUUCUGGCAUCAUGACGGCAGCGGGUUUGGUCACCCUGGUGUCUCCGGUGUCUUCGGCUCAGUCUCUUAUUCCUGGACACCCCUCAAUGAUAACAGUCCAGACAGACAAGAAAAAUGACUCCUUGCCCUGCUCACCGGUCAUCAUUCCAUUACCUUCCAAACGGGGCAGAAAGAAGAAAGAAACACUCCCGCUAGUUGGCUCUCCUACUGGGACAGAUCCCUUGAUUUUGGGUCUUUCAGGACAGCAUCUUUCUACACACCCUUAUAGCCUCUCCCCAGAAGAAGGGCAUGCUGGGAAAGAAGGCAGCAAAACAUACAGAAACCACACAGAAUCCAAACCUCAUAAGUGUCCUCACUGCACGAAAUCAUUUGCCAACUCAAGCUACCUUGCUCAGCAUGUGCGAAUACACACUGGAGUUAAACCGUACACCUGUAACUACUGCGAGAAGACCUUCAGACAGCUCAGUCACUUACAGCAACACCACAGGAUCCACACAGGAGACAGGCCAUACAAAUGUACACACAUGGGCUGUGAAAAGUCUUUCACUCAGCUCUCUAAUUUGCAGUCCCAUCGGCGUCAGCACAACAAGGACAAACCAUACAAGUGUCACCACUGUAAUCGAGGAUAUGUAGACGCAGCCGGCCUGGAUAUUCAUCUGUCCACGCACACGGUUAAGCAUGCUAAGCUGUACUCCUGUGGUUUAUGCCACCGCACAUAUACCUCGGAGACGUAUCUAAUGAAGCACAUGCAAAAACACGCUCCGGAUAUGCUUCCAUCUCCACCUGGAUCAAACCAGCAUAGUCACAGUCCCGGACGCGCUGGAGGAAGCGGUUCAGAAGGAGACGGGCAGAGCAGAAUUGAAAGGAGUGAUGUUUUCGUCCAACCGAUCAGUGUGCCGUGUGUGUAUGACAUGAACCAGUACAAACCAGUACCUGCAGCAGACGUGCAGUACAAAACCGUCAGCGUGUCUGACAUCUCGCCUCACAAAGACCUCUGCAUCACCGUGGAGGCUUCAGCCAUACAGGCGAACCACCUGAACUCCUGAGGAUCAAACUGUGGAGGUUAGAAAAACUGUUGUAGAUGACGAGAUCCACACAGAGCUGUGGAGACAGAGCGAAUUUUCUUAUUCAAAGGCGCAUUGUUUGUGUGAAAGAGCAAGAGGAUUUGAAUGAACUCAAAUGAAGGAGGUCUACUUUUGUAUUGUUUUCUUUUCCUUUUUUUGUUACAUUUGUUGCUGCAAUCCUGAUCUUCCUCACAAAAAGCUUCCUUGAAGGCUGUGGCUGUUUCGGUGGGUGUCAACUUCAUAUCUCCAGUCUUUCCAUGACAUUUUUGCUAGUUUCACUCGUUUAUACGGUGGUUUUUGUCUGUAGGUGUUGGUACGAUCACUCCAGCAUCACCAUUACUAUUGUUACUGUCAACAAGAAUGGUAAUAUUGUGUCUUGCACAGUAGGUUUGGAAAUUGUUUCUUUUUUUUCCAUUUUAAAAGGGAAGUUUGUUUGCAGUCAAACAAAAGCACGUAUAUAUGAUUAUCAGAUAUAUUGUGUGUAUAUGAGUAAAGGAUAACAGCAAACAGGACACAAAUAUAUUAGGAGAUGGAUUUUAUGGAAAACAAAUGAUUAUGUGUAGUGUUUCUAUCUGCAGACGACAUGUAAUAUUCUAUUAUUACUGUUUUUACUGUUUUACUAUUUAAAAAAAACAGAGCAAUUAUGCACCCCAGACAUCAACCUCUAGACAUUACCAAAAUCAGAUUACUGUGCAUUAACCUUUUAAAACGAGAUAUUAAAAAAAUUAUAAUUGUGUGCCGCA